UUAGGUUCCCUCGUUCUUCGUCUUCAGCCUUUUUCAGACGAGAUUAGCUUCUCCGAGAGAGAGAGAGAGAGAGAUGAGAACGAGAGUGCUGAGUUUUCUGAAUCAAUGGCGUGGAACAGCGAAGGAAGCGUUCGAGAAUGUAUCAAUCGUAGCCAAGUUUCUCUGCUUGCUUCAUGUCACGGAUCGUUACAUAAUCUCCUCAACUCACGUUCAAGGUCCAAGUAUGCUUCCGACGCUUAAUCUCACCGGCGAUGUAAUUUUGGCGGAACAUUUAUCACAUCGGUUUGGUAAGAUUGGGCUUGGUGAUGUUGUGUUGGUUCGAUCUCCGAGAGAUCCAAACAGGAUGGUGACGAAGCGAGUCUUGGGUUUAGAAGGCGAUAGACUCACUUUCUCUGCUGACCCAUUGGUUGGUGAUAGCUCAGUCAGCGUUGUGAUUCCAAAAGGUCAUGUUUGGAUUCAGGGAGAUAACUUGUAUGCUUCAACUGAUUCACGCCAUUUUGGACCUAUACCUUACAGUCUCAUCGAAGGCAAAGCUCUUCUGCGGGUCUGGCCACCGGAAUACUUUGGGUCAUUGAGAUGACAAUCAUAUACAUAGACAUUGAGACAUUGAGGUUGUCUCCAUGCGGUAUCGGUUUCUUCCGCAGAAUGACGCAUCAAGGAAGGAUUACCCGAGCGGUUUUAUUGUUUCUUAGAUACAUAUCUAUUUUCUCUCUGUAUUUGAU